AUGUCUCGGAAUCCUCCUUCACGGGCCCUUACCAAUAGCAACAGAUCUGUAGGACAACAAUUGUUUCACAAUGCGACGGGAGCUUCAGAAUUCCACCAACACACGACAAGUCUAAGUAGUCCUGACGACGGAUUUGGUCUGUUUUUCCAGAGUAAUGAGAAAGAGAUGUCGAAUGUCCUAGUAACGUUUGAAGCACCAUUGCCAGUUUGGCUACAAGGAACGUUUGUACGCAACGGACUUGGAUUGUUUGAAAAGGGGCCUAGAUCGUUUCUUCAUGCAUUUGACGGCUUCGCUAAGCUUGCUAGUUGGAAAUUCAUGGGAAACGAAAGCGCGCUGUUUUCUACAAGAUUUCUCAGAUCCAUGUUCUAUAAAUCAUCAAUGGAUGCUAACACUAUAACUCCGUAUCUUUUGUUUCAAUCAGUUGAUCCUCCUUUUGGAUACAUUGAAAAACUGCAGUGCCUGUUCAGAGGGAUUGAUAAUAUGAACGUAAACAUUGUUGCUUUUCGAAAUCCAAAGAACAAACUCACAGAAUACGCUGCACUGAGCGAUUUUUGGAUCGUUUACAAGGUAACCAUAGAUAAACUUUCUACAAAACAUAGGGUUAUUCCAAAAGUCACCAAGAGUCGCAAAAGCUCUGUUUCAAAUUUAGAUAGCACAGGAUUUCUCAACCUCUUAUCGUCUUCACACCCUCUCCCUGAACCUGGCACAAAGAACCACUUGAACUUUCUCUCCAGCGUGGCUGUCUUGCCUUGGGGAAACAGUAUGAUGAAUCUAAUGAGGAUUAAAUCUCUCAAACGACGCAGUGUUGUAGCUCAGUGGCCGGUUGAUCGUGUCCCUUAUAUGCACUCUUUCUCUGUAACAAGAUCAAAAGCUAUUCUUCUGGCUAGCCCUUUCUAUGUUAAUGUCAUGUGCAUGGCCAGAAAAGCGGAGCCUUUCUCUUGUCUGGACUGGUAUCCCAACGACCCUUCAAAGCUCUAUAUCGUGGAUCUGAAGAGUGGAAAUGUUACAAAAAUUACUGUGAACAAUAUUUUCACUAUGCAUCAUGUUAACGCCUAUGACUUGGAUAAUAAUAGCAUCAUUAUGGAUGUUUCUUCAUACCCUUCGCCUGAGUUCGUCAGUCAUCUCCAACUUCAUGUCCUCAGAGAUCCAGUGAAACGCAAUUCCUUUGCUGCGCAUGCUCAGCUUAAACGAAUUUUCAUCGAUUUGAUUAAAAAUGAAGCUCGCGAAAUUCCACUUGAUCAAAGCGCCCCACCACGACUUGCCUCUCUUUUGGAUAUGCCGGUGAUCAAUGAAGCGUACAGAUCCAAACACUACUGCUUUGUUUAUGGUCUUGUCCUUAAGGCAGACAAUAAAACGCUCAGCAAUAUUGCUGUAGUUAAAAAAGACGUGUGUCAUGAUGGGCAAGGUGACAGAAUUUGGCAGCUGGGCGGCCAUUAUCCGGUAGAGCCAUGGUUUGUUGCUGACCCUCAAGGUAUUGAUGAAGAUGAUGGUUUGUUACUGGUUGCUGUACUUGACGGUGAAAGAAAACAGACAUAUCUAAUCGUAUUGGAUGCUAGAACUCUUACACUAACCAACAGAGCUGUAAUGCCUACUAAUAUACCAUACUCUUUACACGGACGAUUUUUUCCUGGAGUUUGA